UGAUUAGAAGCUGUAAUAAUUAAUCGUCACUUUUAUUAAAAAAAAAACAAAAAACAAAAACAAUCCUUACAAGUCCUGUCCCCCUUUUUUUUCCCUCGAUGAUUUGUCAGGUAGGGGAGUUUUCUUUUCUUUUCCUUUUUUUUUCCUCCUCUCCAAGUCCUCAGAGCGCACCGACUUCCUCGCGAGCCACCGUCCGCGGUUCUUAUUGGUAGGCGCGUGGUUACAUCACAAUGGCCGAUUGUGACGCGGAGUUCUUUCCUGUUUCCUUCGGCCGCGUCUUUAAGUGGGUGCCUGCAGUCGGAGGAGCGCGUGCAGAGAGCGCUUCUUCUCCUCCUUCUUCUCCAUCCGCCUUCUUUUGCUUCCUCCUCUCGUGCUUCUUCAUCGCCACCGCACAGCCUGGCGCGCGCUCCCGGACACCCCGAGACACGCACUGAGACCGAGACACGCACAGACAGACACAGCUCCGUAUUCCACAGAGGAGAAGAAAUCUCUCUUUUUUCCCCCUCCUGUAUAUGUGUGUGCGUGUCGCGUUUACUCUUCUUUCACAUCUCUCGCUCUCCCUCUCUCUCUCUCUCUCUCUCUCCCUCUCUCUCUCUCCCUCUCUCUUUCUCUCAAACACACACACACAUACACAUACACAUACACGCACACACACUCAUUUCCCACGCGCGUCGCUCGCUCCCGUUACUCGGGCAGAAUAUUUUGUCGCGCGGUUUUGAUCCUCUUUCUUCAGAAUAAAAAAUAAAAAAGAGGAGGACAUUUCCAUUUCCCUUUCACGCUCCGUUUGCAGAGGUCACAGGAAUUUACCAAAAGAGUGUGAUCCCUGGCCUUUGAGAAAUGGCUCAAUAGUAGCACCAGGGAUGCCGGACCAUGACAGUGAGUCCCUCCUAAACCGACAGACCAAAAGAAGACGAGUGGACAUCGGCGUCAAGAGAACCGUGGGCUCGACCUCCACGCUGACAUCAGCAGCUUCUACUGACUUCAUUACCAGCCGCACAAUUAAAUCCGCCAACAUCUUUGGGGCCAUGAACGCCCAUCAUAGCGGAGAGCAAGACAUUCUGGAGUGUCAAGGGGUACAACUUGGACAUGGGGACUCGAACGAGACCAAGUCCAAUGUGCUCCGGAAGCUUCUCAAGAGGGCCAACUCAUACGAGGACGCAAUGAUGCCUUUUCCCGGUGCUACCAUCAUCUCACAGCUGUUAAAGAGCAACAUGGCAAAAAAUGGUGCAGGGGGAGGAGUAGAACCGGGGUUCCCUAGUAGUGCUCUCUCCAGCACAGGAUCCGAGGUGCCCCAAGAGGAUGCGUGCAGUAACUCAUCCCAGGAAAGCCCUCAGGAGUGUCUCUCGCCGUUCAGCCGCCCAACUCUGGGUCAUUUUGACGUCGAACGACUUAAUGAUGAACACCUCCGAGCUAAGCGAGCUCGUGUGGAGAACAUCAUUCGUGGAAUGAGCCACUCGCCCAAUGUAAUGAUGCCAUCAAACUCCAGCUCAAGGGAACGAGAGCGGGAUGGCGAAGGGGAACCUGAAGGUUCCCAGCAGCCUUCCAGCCCACGAGAGGGCUAUCGCGAGAACAAGCGCAAGCAGAAGCUUCCUCAGCAGCAGCACAGCUUCCAGCAGCUGGUGUCAGUGCGCAAGGAGCAAAAGGUGGAGGAACGCAGGCAGCUUAAGCUGCAGCUUGAGGACAUGCAGAAACAGCUGCGCCAGCUGCAAGAGAAGUUCUUUCAGAUUUACGACAGCACUGACUCUGAAGGGAACGACCCAGACCAUGAUGGAGGGAACCUCUCCGAAGACAGUGCUCGCUCCGAUGCUGGGCUCAUGGACGGAGACGUCGAUGAGCGCCCCAUGCACGAUUCUGCUGCCGAUCGUUCUGAUAACGAGAUGUCAGACUUGGACCCGGGUCACUUUCUGGACAGAGCAAGGGCACUGCUAAGAGAACAGGCCCUUCUGGAUGGCGAGAAGCCCAAACGGGAGGCCUCGAUGAGGGGCAAAGGUCCGACCUCUAUGCAUGCAGAAGGCAAGCAUUUGGCAGAGACCCUAAAGCAGGAACUGAACUCUGCCAUGUCUCAGGUGGUAGACACCGUAGUGAAAGUCUUUGCGAAACCUCCACGGCCUCUCCCGCAGGUGUUCCCGCCGCUUCCUGCACCUCAGGAUCGUUUUAGCGUUAAUGGGGACAACCCCAACUUCCACACAACCAAUCAGCGCCUGCAGUGCUUUGGAGAUGUCAUAAUCCCCAGCCCACACGAGUCAUUUGGUGGAGUCCCGCUCCCCAGUGCCAAUGAUCAGACAGAGGCACUGCCUUUAGUGGUGAGGAAGUCUGCAGCUGAACAUCACCACCAAUCCUCAGCAGUGGGUGCUCAUGGUGGCCACCACCAUCCCUCCCUCCAUCCCUCUUCCCUGUCAGCCAACAUGGGCUUCAGCCCACCAUCUUUCCGUCACCCAUUCCCCCUCCCUCUAAUGGGGUACCCUUUUCAGGGGCCGCUUGGUGCCCCGUCGAUAGGGUACCCGGGCAAAGACAGAGGCUCACCUGAUUCCAUGGACCUCUCACGGGAGACCACCAGCUUACGGACCAAGAUGGCAUCCAACCACCAUAUGGGGCACACCCGGUCCUGCUCGCCUACCCACCCAGGGAGCACAGCUGAGAGUUUGUCUCUGUCACUCAUUAAGUCAGAGUGUGGAGACCUCCAGGACAUGUCUGACAUCUCGCCAUACCCAGGGAGUGCAAUUCAGGAAGGGCUUUCCCCCAACCACCUGAAGAAGGCCAAGCUCAUGUUCUUCUAUACCCGGUACCCCAGCUCCAACAUGCUCAAGAUGUUCUUCUCUGACGUUAAGUUUAACCGGUGUAUCACGUCUCAGCUGAUCAAGUGGUUCAGUAAUUUUCGGGAGUUCUACUACAUCCAGAUGGAGAAGUUCGCCAGGCAGGCCAUAAACGACGGCGUGACAGGGGCUGAAGAGAUCGCCGUCAGCCGAGACUCGGAGCUCUUCAGAGCUCUCAACAUGCACUACAACAAGGCCAAUGAUUUUGAGGUUCCUGAUCGCUUCCUGGAGGUGGCUCAGAUAACGCUGCGCGAGUUCUUCAACGCCAUCGUGGCCGGGAAAGACGUGGACCCGUCCUGGAAGAAGGCCAUCUAUAAAGUGAUCUGCAAGCUGGACUCAGAAGUUCCAGAGAUCUUCAAAUCUCCCAACUGUCUUCAGGAGCUCCUACACGAGUAACACCCCCUCUGACCCGGCCCGCCCCCGAAAAACCUCCUCCGACUAUACUCAGUCAUUUCAAUUGAGUUUUUUUUUUUUUUCUUUUGAGUUUUAAUAUUUUUUCCAGUUCUUGUUUUUUGAAUGUAAGGCAUAUGAAGUAGCAUUCCUGAGCUUUUUUUUUUUUUUGGCUUCUUCCUUUCUUCCUUCCUUCCUUUCUUUCUUUCUUUAUUUCUUUUUUUCCUUGGGGUGAUCUAGUUAAAAUUUUGAGCUUUCUUGUCAUUUAUAUGACAUAUUCUUUUUUCUGUGUUUCCUAUUUGGAGGGACUUUGAUCCCGCUAGGGCCCCUUUGACUUUUUGCCUGCCCGCUCUGGAAUUCUGGGUAAAUCCUCAUGAAAUCCCGAUACUGAAGCCAAACCACUCAGUGAACUGGUAUGAGUGACGUCGUGGGCUUUGUGUUCGAACUGAAGUUUUGAAGUGUGUAUUUCUCUGGAGAAGUGGGCAUUGCAUUUAUAGGGUGUAUAGAAUUAUUAUUAUUAUUAUUAUUUCUAUUAUUAUUAUUAUUGUUAUUUUAUUACUGUUGGUGUUCUUGUCGUCGUUGUUGUUGUUCCUGCUUGGGUAAGACUGGCACUUGGAGGUUUUUCUUUCUAUCUUUUAUUCUUUCCUUUCUUUUCUUUUCCUUUUUUUUUUUGUUUUUUUUUUUCCCUUUUGUUUCAUGAUAAGAUUGCAAGAAAAUAAAUUAUUAUUCCAAAAUGUAAAUCUCUAACUAUAUGCAAAACUAUAUUACAGACUUUACAUUAGAAUAGCAUUUCAUUCAAGUCCUCGACCUGGAUUUUGGUUUAUAUGGGUCCAAGAGAUUUGCCAUUUGGGCUGUCUUUGAUUGACAGCCCAAUGCACCAAUCACAACAUUUGCAAGGGCAUCAAAACCCCGCCCAUUUUCUAAACGAUUAUUAUUUGCUACACAGCCUGUUUGUUUCUUUUUUCUCUGGUUUGAACAGAAAACACAUUUUUAAUGUAUAAUGCAGCCUUCUGAAGCCCACACACACACACAUGGUCCUGCAUACUCAGAUGUGUGUGUAUGUGUGUGUGUGUGUGAGGUACUUGCUCAGUGUCUCUUGACCAAGGAGGUUCAGGAUUUUAAUUCGGUCGCUGUGCAUCUCAAGAACAGACAUCUAAACGCCCUUCAACAUCUCAUUCCAGAGGUAUCAUUCGAAACCUUCGAGGACGUAUGUGUGCAUGUGUGUGUGUGAGCACUACUUUUUUUUUUUUUUUUUCCGCGCGCGUGAUUUUUUAUUUUUGCUGUGUGGUAAUUAGCUCAGUAUUUUUAUGGUGUUUCUUGAAUUGUUCUGAAAUGAAAAGGCAACCAUGUUUGAAGAGGACACGUUACAACACAAAUUCAAUCCUUGCAUACGAUCGAGUUUUUUUUUUUUGUUUUAGUUUUUCUCUCUCUCUUUCUCUCUCUCUCUCUCUCUCUCUCUCUCUCUCUCUCUCUCGCUCGCUCUCGCUCUCUCCCUGGAUGUUACGAUUUGAAAGUUUGUACUGUAUGGAUAUGAAUUUUAAAAAAUAAAAAAAUGCACUUACCUGUUGUUCAGUGAAA